AUGAACACGCUUUCGUCUCUGCCCACAAGUAUGAGCAUGUCUUCGUCAUCAGGGACGAUCUCGGAUUCUGUCAACAAUCCCAACUCAACCGAGAUAUUCCGGCAAAACCUUCAGGUAGCUCACUCUCAGGUCAAUCGCACUCACAUGCUUGCCAAGGCGUGUCUUGCAUCCGUCGAACGUGCUUAUCAGCCAGAAACAAGCCCGAUACAGACUCAAGCCGAUUUUAGAGAGCUGACGAGCCUGCUGCACGCGCUUCAUGACUUCUUCCACCAAUCUGGCCUCGGCGCACUCCCGCUUCUCCCUAUGCCCGGCGAUACCCACCAUGAACCUCCGACGUUCCCAUCCGAGCCCGAGCUGACGCAGGCUGUAGGCGCGGCGUUUGAUCGUCUCAAGCGUUCUCAGGAAAGCGCCGCGGUGGUAUCUAGCCUUCUCAACCCGUCGUGACAAACUCAAGCUGGUAUCUCUGCACGGAGUUAGACGUUGGGAUAGUCCCGGAGACGACAACGACGACGACGACAAGAGAAUGUCGUAUCGUAGGAUGAGUAGCUACGAACACGCGCAACCACGCUCUAUAAACUCCGCUGUCCAUGUCAGUCCUAAACUACGCAUAGUGCCCCCCUCCUGGCAUCGGUCCGACCCUUCCCUAUUCCAAAGUCGUCAGCGCUGGUAACGAUCGGCUAUGGGAAGUGAAAUAUAUUGCACCUGGCCCCUACCGAAGCGAAGGCAUAUACGAUUUAAGCUGUAAGAUGUUUACAAAUCAUGGCGAUACAGUAAUAUAAAUACUUGUCGGAUUGAUACAUGUGUAGAGAAAGACAUAUCAUUAUAAGUUUGCCGC